AUGGCCGAACCUCGAACGCUUAUUUUGCCUAUGGAUCUUGGUUCACUCACCAAGUAUGAACAAUCGGUGUUCCCUCUAAGCCGAGUGCAGGGGAAAAGCUGCAUCGAUCAGAUGGACAUAUUCCUCGAAGCCACAUUAGAUGAGAUCUUCAGGAUCCGCAGGUUCUCCCAGUCAGGGGGCAUAGAAAACUCUGAGCAUCUCGUUGCUAAUGCGAAGAAACAAUAUGAUGAUCUUAUGUCAGAUAAACAGAAAAUAGAACAUCAAAAGAAAACAUGGAACCCGGUUAAAAAAUACUCCGCAUAUCGUUCAGUUAGGUUACUCUUGGAAGCAGGGAAGGUUUUAUACACGGAUACAAGGACUGCAUCCGAGUUGAUGAGGAGACAUUUGCUCUCUAUCCAAGUGAACACAAAGGACGUACAGUCAAUAAUGCACGAUGAUCUGCCAUCUAACGCUCGCAUUAGCGGGAUCGCCAUUCCACUGGACUCGGAAUCUCAACCGGCCGAGAUCACAGCUUCAUAUUUUGAUGAAGCGAUCAAAUUCGCGGCUUCCCACAAAAACACACAUGACAUGGAUCUGUUCGUAGAUGAACAUGGAGUAGAAUAUUCUCAAGCUAAUGCAGAACACAGACGCAGAUUAACUCCCGGCUCUGCCAUGGCGACGAGCGAUUGGGGAGCUGCAUCGUCAUCAAGAUCUCGUCCUUCUCGAGCAUCUGGCAACAACGAUUUUUCCUUCCAAAAUAGCGAUGUUGUUUCGAUAUCUACAAUAUGA